AAAAUACUGGCACAAAAAGACAUUUUCACAGGCAAAAACAUCAACAAUUUUCUGUUUGUGUUCAUGUAAAAUUUUUAGUUUUAAAAAAAAUAAUCAGCUGAUGUGAUUGACUUUUACGAUUGUACAGCCAAUCACAACAAAUUGGAACUGGAAACCUUCACGAUUGUUAAGAUCCGAAAACAUAGUUCCCGCAGUAAAUUCUAAAUUGUGCGUGAACUGACAAGAACACGGCAACAUGAUAGACGACAAUUGACCGAGUUGCCGCUCCGUGAACUCUUCCGCUCGACUCAUGGACGCGCCCAUAUUCGACAUGUCCACGGAAGAGAUGUCGCAUCGCUGUUGAGAGCUAGAAAGCUCUGAACAUUCCUUCAAUCUAUCAAUGCUGAACUAUAGACUCGUGUCAACGCAUUUUUUGAAGCAGCCGUAAAUCGUCAAGCGUUGUACUCGGACUGACGUUUCGUGUCGUACUCAAUAUGUGCCGAGAUCGCGACAUGUCCGUACUGACCGGUGACAUUAUAAAAUAAUUAUAUUCUCGAGCGUGUUCUGACUCUACCGCCUGCGGUGUAGUGCCAAGUUUCUCGCCAAGACGGCGCGCGUUUCCGCCCUGCCGUUACGUUUUGUUUCUUUCAUUUUGUUUUACAUCAAAGGUUAAUCAAUAGCCCGGUGGAUUAGUGUUUGGUUGUGGAUAACUGGGGGGUGUUUUGCUGUAUCGCGGUCCCGCUGCGCGCGACACUGGCCAGCCGCGGCCGAGAAAACUUGUCCAGGAUUUUGGACUCCAUAGUUGACGCUGCUAGAUAUUGCAUUAUUUCACAUUAACGGGCGAAAAGUUUUGGAAAUUGGAAAAAAUAUUUAUCAAACAUGGUACAAUUGGAUAUUUUGCAGGGUUACGGGCACGAAACUGAGUGUCCCAGUGAGCGGCGCAUUGUAAUAUCUGGCCUGGGGUGGCGUGCGCAGUGCUGCGAGCGCGGACGAGAGCCCGAGAGGGAGGCGGAAGAUAUGGCGGCGCCCGAGUGCGAGAGGGAGGCUCGCAAGCGACGCGAGCGCCGCGACUCUGGCUGCGCCCACGAGCGCAAGGAGAGGAGACCGCACAGCGAAGAACGACCACCGCCGCCACCGCCUCCGCCACCGCUACACGACUACAAUAGACUUGAAUCGGAGCGCCGCGCCGAGCGGCUCUCCCGCGCACGCCGUCCACAGUACGGCGGCAAACGUCGCCGUGCACCCACUCGCAUCCCCAAACAUCCCAAAGAGAACGAUUGCUUCACCACUACAGAAGAGAUUAGAUGCAGCACGCCACCACAUUUUGAUUACGCAAUUAUUCAGAAACCUCAAUUUUCAGACGAGCCAGAGACCCUAGACGCAGCAGCGUUGCAUAGACAAGCGGUGCGCGUCGGCAGCACAGAGACCCUCGGAUCAACAGGUUCUGCGGAGGAGACCAGCUCUGACGUAUGUGCUGCAGCAGAGCGCGUGCGCCAGCACGAGCGCAGCGCCGCGCCGCACCACCAACCACGCCGCGACCAGCCUUGCCCAGACAGACGCCUCGAAAAGAUUGUCAAGAAGAUAAGUGUGCUCAAGAAGAAUAUCUCUAAAUAUGAGAGUGAUUACGAAACAAUCAACGGUUGCGCGCUGUCGCCCACCGACCGCAUCACUGACGUGCAACUGCUUCGAAUGAACGAGACCCUGAAACGGCUUCAAGCCGAAAAGCGCAGCAUUAAAUCUGAUCCUGUGGAGUAUGCGUUGAAACUUCAAGCGGCCAAGCAGCAGAAGGAAAGGGACGACGCGCUUGAAGCAGCGCUGAAGAGUGACAAGCCCAUGGCUGAAGUCGUUGUUGAUAUUGAGGAGUGGUUGGAAGGGUGUCGUCAAGCGGGUGGCAGGUCUGGUUUACCAGAAGCCAACUGGACAUCGUCCCAACUGGCAGCUGAAAAGCUGUGCGUGCAACGAGUGCUGCUUCGCUUGGAGGCGGCUCGGGGCAGACCCCCCGCGCACUCCGCCGAACGCGGCGCCGCCAGACACUUGUACGAGAGGUACAGGGCGGUGAAGAGAGUUCUCGCUUCCACUAGGCCUGACGCUGUAAUCGGUGGCACGAACGGCGAGUUAGCCACCAUACAUGAGCACGAAGCAAUGCUUUUUAACACGAGCGUCGAUAGCUCCAGCGACUCUCAGGAGAAACCUUCGGAUUCCUCGCAGGAUACAAGUGAGACCCCCCUCCAAUCGCCGCCAACACGCGAGACACCAGCAGUGGAGGAGGUGCCGUCGUCGACGUCGUCAGCGCAAUCCGCCAACAGCGAGGAGGCCGCGCCCUCUAACGAGGGGCUGCACUGCCUCGGGCUCGAGGAUCUCAUAAAAGCGCUCGGAGAAGCCAAGCUACAGAAGAGUGUUCUUCGCCGCAGCAUCAAAGAGUACGAACUCAGCUUCGAGCUGCAAAACAGCAGGAAGGUGCAGCGCGAUGACAAGAAGGGACGUGAAGAAGAUUACCUUCGGUACAAGGCAAUAAAGGCGAGAAUCAAGCUGCUUAACGCUCUUAUCAACAAACAAACAGCUUUGCAGGCUUAAAGCAUACCUCAUCAGCAUAUGCUAAAGCUCUAUUUAUUAUCAUGGAUAUGUUGAAUGACGUAGGGAAUGUUUAUAAAGCGGUGUUUCGAAAGGGUCUCUCAUGGAAUAGAAGAGAUAUUUUGAGACUUCUCUUGAGGGUAAUAAACGAUUUUUUGGUUAUGAUGGUGUUAAAGAACAGAAUAAUAUAUUAUAUGAAAAAGGGUAAGUGGCAUCGAGCAUUUUCUAUCAUUAUUCGUAAUUAUAUGAGAUCAACGCAGUAGGUCUAUGGAGUCUAAAUCUUGGAAGUCUAAAUGUAAGUAGUGAUCCCUGAGCGGGAUGUUUUGAUUUUUUACUCAUUGGUAUAUUAUGAUUUCUGAAAAAUAUUUUUGUAUGUAUAAUGUGGGUUACCUAUUAGCAUGUAAGGUCUGUAAAGGAUUUCUACAAUCAACUAUGGAAUUUAAAUUUAGACAAUGCUAAUUUCAUUUGUAAUCGUAUACGAGAUUAAUUUAUAAAUUGUGUAAUGACGGGUUUUGUCGCUUUAUACAAUUUUGUAAUCAAACUUUCUUCAUACAUAUGCAGCAAGAUAACUGUAAAUAUAUUGAUAAUGUACGAACGAAAUUAAUUCUAUGAGGUAUUAUAAAUUAUUCCGAAUAAAUAAUAAGGAUUUAACAUUUACGGACUUGAGUGUUAUGAACUGUAUAUAAAUAUAAUUCUUCUAGAUGUGACCAAUUCUGAAUUCUCAGUUAUGGUUGUACGACACAAUGUGAAUUUUUGGACUAUUUCUCGAUGACGGAUGUUUCUCAUUCAGAAUUGCUCACACAAAUGCAUAGACGGUUAAGAAAUGGCAUCGCGUGACCUAAACCUUUUUGAUAUUAGCCGGCAGCAUAUUAGGUCGAUUAAUAGGACUUGCAGGGGUAAUGUGAAAUACGAGCAAAUUGUUUCACGUAUAUUCGCAGAAAACGUGCGAGUCCACGAGAUUUCCAUCGAUAAAUUUGAAUUAAGAACAAUUGAUUAGUAACCGAUUUUCGCAAACUAAUAUACGCUAAUCUUUCUGCCAAUAUAUGUUUUAGGAUAAUGGCGCAUCUAAUUAUUGUAUUGCUGAUAGUGAAUGUCGAAUGAUAUGUUACUGUUUACUUGGUACUUCUUGCGUGAUGAUUUUUCCUAAUCGAUGAUAUAUUUAAUAGUGAAGUAAGUCGAUGUUUGUACAAACUUAACCCGCCGUUUCUUUAGGGUUUAUACAAAGAUUAUGCAGUACAAUCGAAAGAAUUAUUCCUUCGGGUACAAUCGUUGUCAUAAGUGUUUCAUAAUUGAAUAUUAUUUAAUGAAGUUUAUAAUAUUAUGAUACCGAUAAGUAUUGUUUUCAAUCUGCAAUUUUUUUGUAAUAUGAAAUAUUAUUAAAAUGGUAUUAAUAUUCGAAGGCUUCAUCUCGCCAUUUUAAUGAAUAUAGGCACACGAUCAAACAAAGCUGACAGUUAUAUUUACGAUUUGCUCCAAAAACGUAGAAAUUGCAAUACAGACAAAUAACUGUCAGUUCCUAUUGAUGAUGCGCAUCCGAUAACAGUUCUUAUAGGUUAAAUAAUAAUGUAAAGAUUUAAGAUUUUAUGUGUGUUAACAUUCUUUUGGAAAGUUUAUUUCUUCACUAAGUAAUGAAAAAAAUUACAGCUCAACAUAUUAUUAAAAACACCAGACCCCAUAAAGUUUGGUAUUUUUAAAGUAGAUGAAAAUAUAAUAUCUUCUUGAUGUUUCAAAAAGUUAUAAAGACUCUAUCAUAUAUUGAUUAUAAUUCUUGACUGCGAUACCUGAUUGAGCGAUGUUCGGAAAUCGAAAUGUCAGUAAAUUUCUAACGAAAUUGACUCUAUGUCAUAGAAAGAAGACAGUUCAUUAUUAAUUGAUGGUUCUCACAAAACAAAAGCGAGCUUGUAUAAUUCAAUUUAAGGUUUGGAAUGUUUUGCAUAAAGAACUGAAGAAGGCAAAAUGGUUAUUGUUUAGGGAAAGUUGCAGACAGAACGUGUAACAUACAUAGGUUGAGGCGCAAUUUCACAAAGGCCUAUGUCUAAAACAUUAACGUCGAUACGUAUUGAUCUCAACAUCUUUCGUGGUGCAGGACUUUAUAGCGGUUUAUCGCUUUUUUACCGCCUAUUUUUUUAUUUAUGUUAUAAUUUAUAAUGACGUCGGCGAUAAAUGUAUAAUCAAUUUGUUAAUAAAUUCGAUGUUUAUGUGUAGCCGACUGUACCCGCUUGUUAGAUGUCAUUUAAUUGCAAUGUUUAUUGUGUACGAUAAUAUUUUUAUUGACAAUUCUGAAGAAAUUGAUUUUUCUCUAUAAGAGAUUGUCACGUUUAUGUGUAGACUAAAUACAUUUAGUGAUAAAUAUGAUUACCUGUGAUUUUAUUAUAAAAUAUUCUUGUGUGACAAGAAGUUUCGUUUAUAAAACUGUUGGUUAGAUGAUAGAUACGUGUAUUCCUUCAUGGGACUUUGUCAGCAUAUUAAAAUGGAUGAGACUUGAUAAACGUACGUGUUUGAGCAUUAAUUUAUUUAAAAAUAUAUAAAACUCGGGUGAUUGAUGUAAUCUUGUCACAGUGAGGUAUAGACUUGAUUUGUAUGUAUAAUUAACAUGUAUGUAUUUAUGGAUAGCUGGCAAUUAUUGUGAGCGGUCAGCAUUUAUUAGCAAAAUCCAUAAAUAAAUAUCAUUUGCGAUACGAAAUUUCCAUAGCGCCAUGUUAAUUCACGACAACUUUUGGUCGAAAAACGACUUGCUAAUUAAUUAAAUCUUCGUACAAUUCUGGCGCAUACUUCGAAGAACCCAAGACGUAUUGAGAAAACUUCUAUGUUUCUUCUAUUCCGUAUUGGCGUAUCGUAUCGUAAAAGAUGUGAGAGAACAAGAUAUUAUUAAAAUUCAAGAUGCCGUGAAUUAAACAAGUGCGAUUUUCAACGAUUUAACACGAGCCAAAGAGUGAGUUAUAAUAUGUCUCCUGGCGUUUUUGUACAAAUACAAAGAAAACAACAAAUAUCAUAUCAAAUAUAUAAAAAUUGACAGUAAUAAUUAAUUUCCUAAAUUAAAUGGCUGUCGAUACGGAAAUUUUAUUAAUUUGUCAAAUGAUUUUCUAUUGUAGCCUUUUGAAUGUAAUAUAAAAGAUUUGUAGAGAAACUUGAUAAAUCGUAGUAUGUUAAGAUAUCGUCCUAUUUUCCCGCCUAAAAUGUAAUAGCCAAUUACAAAGCGCCAUUCUGUCUGCUUAAUUUGAUGUAAUGAAUGCUAUUGGUUGAGCAGAUUGAGAAAUGUUUGUUUGAAAAGAGAACACUUUUAAUUUUAACUAAAAAUAAUAAACAGCCAGUAAUGUAGCGUUUCACAAAUUGACUUUAAUAACCAUGUAAUAAUCUCUUAAAUAAAAAUAUGAUACAAA